ACAAGGGUUGAAACGGUUGUCUUUCUACAAAAAAAAAAAAUUUCUUUUGUAAAAAUCAAAUAUUUUCCACGCAAUGACGUCCAACAGAUUCUUGUUGACAAUCGCUUUUUUGGUUUCGAGCAGUGCUGUUACUUGUGCUAAGAAGCCAACUUGUGAAACACAAGGUUGUCCGACGGGAUUCGAGUGCCGAAAAGAAACGGUUCUUGAAACAGCCAAGUUUCCCAGAUGCCUCCCAAGUAUCCGGGACAUUCUAAGAGGACGUCUAGACGAAUAUGAAAGAGCAUGGAAUAACCGAGACUAUCAGGCCCUGGAGAAUUUCUAUACGGGAGACAGCGUCUUUGUGCCGGCUGGUGUAGACAUUCGAAGGGGUAAUGACGGCUAUGCCAACUUUAUCGAGGGACUGAUUACCGAUAAUAACUGGGGAAGUGCCAAAUGGACCAUACAAGAUGUGAUCUAUGUCACAGACGAAUUGGUCUUCACAGUUGACACCUUCGAGUGGGAAAGGCUUCCUAGUGGAAAUCCACUGUCUGGAAAAGAUAUUAUCCUUUGGAAGAUAAUAGACGGAACAUACUACAUUCAGUACGGCGUCUCUAAUUUACCUGGAGCGUAACCAACCUGGGCAGUUGUAAUUGUACUUCGCC